AUGAAGGUGAUGCUGCAAUCCGGUUGCAAAAAAAACGGAAGACCUGAAUUCCAUACUAACAGAGAAGACGAAGGAUCUGGUUGCGCCUUCUCAGAUUUCAGAGAGUUUGUUAUUCCAUUAUUCUGUUGUGCAUAUGCUGUUGUUGAUGUUCACAGGAUUGGGAUAGAGAAAGAUGAUGAUGGGAGCAAAGAACUGGUUUCAAAGAGAAAGAGCUUGAGUUUUUGGUGUUCUUCCUACAAUGAUUGGAGAACUGAUGAAGAUGAUGCAGUUGCAGGGAGGCUGCUUAUGAAGAUAGUGAUGGUAACCAAUCACAAAACGGUUGAAGAUGCAGAAAAAAUUAUGGAGAUCAAGAAGAGAGAAGAGGUAGAGAGUAUUUUCUGGUGA